CGGCGUCCCGUUCAGUGCGAGCAGAUCAGUCGAGGCAACCCGAUGCCACAACGCACGCACGCCUCGGCCUCGAACCGACCGAUCUUCUCAACAACACGAGACAACGAUUCUCGAGACGAUUCUCCAUCGAUCCUCGUCCGUCGAAAUCUAUAUCACUCGCGCGUCCCACGAUCAUUCAUCGCCGCGAGUUCCGAUUCCACGCGCGCGCGCGCGCCUCAGUUUCUUCUUCCGAUAGAAGAGAGAGAAGGAGAGGGAGGAAGGAAGGGAGAGAGAGAGAGAAAUCGGAGGCUUAAUUGAAAUCGAUUCUUCGAAGGAAGGAAGAAAGGAAGAAAGGAAAGAAGGAUGUCAUUCUCCUGUUGGACGCAAGUUCGUAUCGUUGCACGGAGGUGAACGAGAGAAAUCGAACGAGCACAAGUUUCCUCGCUUCGAAGAAAGGAACAUUUUUGGAGAGUUUCGGUGAGAAGAGAAGAGCAGAUAAAAGAAGAGGGAAUAUAUAUAUAACCGGUUCGUUCGGUCUGUGCUCCGUCCGUCCAUUAAUCGCGGUGCGACACCAGUGAUUAACCGGUCGGAUGAUCGAGUGUGCCUCGUCCAAGAUCCCGUGGAAUCGCGUCGUCUUCGGCCACCGGUUCCAUUAAGGGGAUAUCUGUGGAACCGGGCUGGCGGCCGAUUAGACACCUCUCCGCGGAGGAGGAGGAGGAGGAGAACCGAGUCGGCGCUGUCACUCCUCCCUCCCUCUCGAGGGUGUUUUCCCUCGUUCGUCUCGUAUGUACGCGUGUACGUGUACGGAUCAUUAUACUCGUCAUCGUCGUCAUCGUCGUCAUCGUCACGCCACGCGGUGUCGCGUGAAAAAGCAACGGGAGGAAAAGAAAGGGGAGGAAGAGGGAAGGUUUCCUCCACCGCGUCGUGAAAGGAAUAAUAAUAAUAAUAAUAAUUGAUAAUUAAACGAGGAGGGGGAGGGGUGCGAGAGGGGCGAGGGAGGGGAAAAAGCAGAGCGGAAAUGGCCGACGAACUGGCUGUUACGCGCGGCAAUUAUGUUAAGUGGCCAAUUAGCAAUUAACCAAGGAGGCGAGCGGAGCGCCCCUUAAUUGCCCGCUACGAGAGAACGUCGACGACGACGACGACGACCAAGAAGAAGAAAAAGAAGAAGAAGAAGAAGGUGGAACGAGCGCAAGGUGCGUCGGUCGCAUUUUCCUUCGAAAUCGUCGCGUCAUCUCGAAAUAUCCGCGUUUUUUCGCGAGUUUCGUUACAGAAGAGUGUAAUAAAACAUACAAAUAUUCGUGGAGGAGCGGAUAUAUCGGAUAGCUGAGCGAGGAGAUAGAAUGUCAGGGGUAAAGGGGGGCGAACAGGAGGAAACGGGAAGAAAGGUGUUUGAAGGAGGAAGUAAAGAUAAAGUGAAGUGAAGAAGAACAAGAAGAGAACGAAGAGAGAAUAAUAAUAAGAAGAAGAUUCGAGGUGUUGGACUCUGCCUGGACUACGCCCCGUCACCGUCGGCAAGAUUCUGUCUCCCAGGUAUCGGGCGAGUCCUGGGGUGGCGACAGAGGCACCCGCGGGUGGCCGUAGCCCGAAGGAACCACCUACGUGUACCGUGAUGACCGUCCAUCACCACCACAACCACCACGUGGCGGCACGUAGCGGCGUCACGGUGGCCAACGGCAACGGUGGCCUCAACCUGACCAGGAUGUCCGGCCUCGAGGCCCACAGGCUGGAGAACAUCGUGGAGAGGAACGGAGUGAGCGUGGAACGCCUGUCGAACGGGCUCGUCGACGCGAGGGGCAACAAUCACGGGGGCCCCAACAACAACGGGUUGGAGCGCGGGGACGCGUCCUCGACCACCAUGCCCCAGAGGUCUAGGUUCAUGAUCACCGACAUCCUCGGCGGCGCGUCCAGCAAGAUGCACCACCAGGCCGCCCUCCAGACCCAGGAGCCACCCGCCAGCCCCCCGUCCACGCCCAGGGACCUGAGCGUCAGGCACCAGUCGAGGACGUCGUUGAGCAACAGCAACCUCGACGAGGACAGCGACGCCAGCCACCACGAUGGCGCUUCCGUUACUUCCAAUGGUGGCAAGGAGGACGAUCCAAAGAGUUCGUCGUCGAGCACGCUGAGCUCGGCGCAGAGCAAGAAGCAGAGGAAGGCGCGCACGGCUUUCACGGAUCAUCAGCUUCAGACCCUCGAGAAGAGUUUCGAGCGGCAGAAAUAUCUGAGCGUGCAGGACAGGAUGGAGCUCGCGGCCAAGCUGCAACUGACCGACACCCAAGUGAAGACGUGGUACCAGAACAGAAGAACGAAGUGGAAGAGGCAAACGAUCGUCGGGUUCGAGAUAAUGGCGGAGAACAAUUUCGCGGUGGCGGCGUUCCAACAGUUGUACGGGAGCGGGGCAGCGGCUGUCCCCGCGCAUCCCGCCGCGGGACGAUACUGGCCCUACCCGAGCGCGCACGCGCUGCCCGCGAACGGCCUCUUCUACCAGCAAGCGUCGGCCGCGGUCACGUUGCAGAAGCCUCUACCUUACAGGCUCUACCCGCCCACGAUGAUCCUGGCCGGGCCGAGCAACCCCCUCGGCUCGUUGACGGCCAGCUCCAGCCUGUCCAACCUGAGCAACUACUACAGGGACAGCCCCGAGAUGAGCGAGGGCAGGGAGAGGGGGGAGGGCAGGCAGCAGAGGGACAGAAGCAAGAGCCCGGUGUUGAGCGACAGGUCGCCGUUGAUGAAGGAGGAGAGGCUUUACGCGGCGGCGAUGGUCCAGGCCGGGACCAGCAACGCGACAACCCUCGGAGGCGCGUUGACGGCGAGCUCGAGCAGCCUGUCCAACCUGAGCACGUAUUACAGGGACAGCCCCGAGGACGGGCGGGAGGGGAUUGGGAGGGGGUCGAGGCAGAGGGAGAGGAGCAAGAGCCCUUCGACGGCCGGGUUGAGGGACAGGUCCCCGAUGUGCGUCAAGGACGAGAGGUUGUAUCCACCGUCGACGAUGCUUCAACCGGGGCCGAGCAACACGACCGUCGUCGCCUCGUUGACGGGGUCCGGGAUGCAGAGUUUGGGCGGUUAUUACAGGGACAGUCCGGACAUGAUGGAGGGAAGGGAGAGGGAGCAUUUGGGGAGGGGAGGGAGGCAGAGGGAGAGGAGCGCGAGCCGUUCACCGAAGAGGGAGGACAGCCCUCAGAGCAUAAGGGCGGACAGUGACGACGAGAGUAUACACGAUAUCUAGGAUACGAAUGAGAUGGGUGGAGAUGGAGAAGGAAGAGAGUGAAGGGUUGAGAUCCAAGAGGAAGGAGAGACUCGCUCUAGAUGGAAGGAGAUCCUUUCUUUUUUUUUUUUUUUCUUUUUCAAUGUGGAAAGUUGUGUGUGCGUGUGUGUGCGUGCGUGUGAUAUCUCGAAAAAAAAUAUUCUUUCUAUUAUGUUGUUAGAGGCAGCCAACGAGAACGAGUCUUUAUAAAGAAGACGCGCGGUGAUUUUUGUAGCAAUUACUACUCCGUUCUAACUAACCCAACUAUUACCUUGCGUAACCGCCAACAGAUGAAUGUAAUGAGAGGGGAGGGGAAAAAAAAAACAAAAAAGAAGAAUUACUUCUCGUCGUCGAUCGUUGAAGAAAAAAACUUUCGAAAGCUCGCGAAAUUCCACGGAGUAUCGAAAACAAGAGGAAAGAAAGAAAAAAAAAAAGAACGGUCGAUUUCGUGAGGUGGAACAGAGGAAGUGACAUUGCACGGGACGUCCGGGAUUUCCUAGAUAAUGGGAAUGGGCGAAGAGGAAGCGUUAUGUGGUUAACCAAAGUUUCGCGAUUCGAACGAUUUAUUAGCGUUGCCGAACGGUACACGACGCUGAGACCAGUAUUCAUACACCUAAUAAUCGUUAUUACAUACCGAUCGAGAAGGAUCGACGACGACUCGACAGAUUUAUCGCGUGCGUGUGUGCCCAAUAUCGUGUACGUGCGUGUGGAUGCGUGUGUUUGUAACGUAAACGCCAAAAGGGAACGAUGGAUGAUCGGAGCGUCGUUGAACGACGCGAGUUAAUUGACGAAUGGAAGAAAAAAAAGAAAAAAAAGAAAAGAAGAAAAGAAACGUUUUUCUCGCGGUGUAAAUAAAAAAAAAAGAAACUGUUCGUCCGAUGAAAAGAGGGGAAGGAAAGGAGGGAGAGCCAGACCUCUCGAGAGAAGGAGUCGCGCCAGGGAACGAGGCGAUCGCGCACGAAUCUGCGAUUAAUACGACAUUAGAGAGGGGACGUUUGCCUGGGGAAAGGGAGGGAGGGAGGGGAUACGAAAUGACACGAAAUUACACGCGGUCGAAAAGAGAGAAGCGUAGUUUCUCCAAACUGGUGUUUAUUCUCCCCCAUUUCGGGAGAAAGGGGAAUAAUAUCGCGAAUAACUCGCCUCGAUCCUUGCCUCAAAGAUCAAUCUCGCAGAGCGUUGUCUCGAGCGAGUUGAGAAAGCUCGAAGGGGGUUGAUCCGAGUGCAAUAUUCGUAUGUGAAAAUUUUAAAGAGAAUAUUUGGAAAAAUGUUGGAAAAAUUUCGAACGUUGCAUUCGGAGUUUUACCCCUCGAACGGGGGUGAAUCACUUAUAUCGAAAUAAAUUGUAAAUAGAAUUAUAAAAUUCGAUUGGCGCGGCGUCCAUUUCCAUUCCAUCUCGGCGGACAAACGUUGUAAAUAGCUACGUAUUUUCGGGGCGAAAAGUAAACGGUAAGGGAUUGAAAUCGAUGGGUUGGUUAUCGAUACUCCGCCAAGUGGAAAGCCAACCGUGAUAACCAAGAUAUUCCGGAAGUAUUUUUCAGACUUCAGUAUACGUAGAGGGGACAAACGCGUCGACCACGUGUUUGGAUCGUCGAAGCUUUAGAUAGACGGAUUUAUAAAAAAAUGAAUCGAAUCGAGCUCGACGUAGAUCAUAUUCCAAAAUAUAGAUAGAUAGAUAGAUUCGACGGUCCGCAACACGAAUUGUCGUCGCGUUGUUGUUCACCGAGACGACGAAAUACCAGUAUUAACGAAUACACGUAAAAAAAUUAGGCUGUACGAGGAGAAUAAAGGUGUAAAGGGACAACGGGAUUGGUGGAAACGACGACGUUGUUGUGUAAAAAAACCGUCGGGACGCAUCAGAAUCGGUGGGUCCCACGGUAUCGUGCGACUUAAACACGUUAAGUAAUGCAGCAAGACGUAUACAUAGUAAUAAAAAUCAUGCUUUGUAAAAUAAUGUCUGUAUAGCGAGAAUUAUUAUAUGGAAAAUAUAUUAUACUAAAUUUAA